UCCGUUUGGGCCCAAUACUUCAUGAGGAAAUAUUGCCUGGUGGUGCUACCUAUCCUUGCAGGGUGACAGCCACCGCUCGAGAUAGUCGACAGUGGAGACGGCUCACCACUGUUGGCAGGCGUGCUCAGGAGCACAUUUUUUGGUCCUUGGGCUCUGGGGAGGUUAGCUUCUGGGAUGAGUGGUGGUUCGGCGAGGCCCCUUUCUCGAGUACUAGGCCAGUCACUCACCUGCCUUUCAUGCAGGUGAAGGACCUUUGGACGGGAGGUUUUUGGGAUAGAGAUAAGAUGGAGGAUAUUCUUGGUGAGGGUGGGGGUUUUAGUAGUCUAGAGAUUGACCAGAUCCGACAGAUUUCUAUUUUGGAGGGAGGUUUGGAUGGCAUGAGGUGGAGACUUACAUCUUCGG